CGGGGGAGGGGCGGAGGGUCAGUCUCCGCCGGGCGCUCCCGGGGAUCAGCUGGCGGGCGAGUGGGCGCCGUACGCGGCCCCUGCUCUUGCUGCAGCGCCGCCUCCUCUCCGCGUCGCAGGUCGGCCCGGCAGCUGUGACAAUGUUGCGGAGCUGGUAGCUGGGCGCCGGCCGCCGAGCUCUCUCAAGUUUAAACUUACACGAAUCGCUCUCCUGAGGAGGAGGGGACCCGCCGCGCGAUUGACACGCAUAUUCCUAUAGGCAUCCUUCCUCAGCCGCCACCCCCACGGCCGGAUUCGGGUGGCUCUUCUCGGAGCUGAAAUCUGAGAAGAAAUCCUUGGGUCUCCUUUCUUCCUUUUUUUUUUUUUUAAAUCUAGAAACUAUCGGUAUUUUGCUUUGCUGCUUCCUUUUUGCAAGAUGAAGAAGUUUUUCGACUCCCGGCGUGAGCAGGGCGGCUCUGGCCUGGGCUCCGGCUCCAGCGGAGGAGGGGGCAGCACUUCGGGCCUGGGCAGUGGCUACAUCGGAAGGGUCUUUGGCAUCGGGCGACAGCAGGUCACUGUGGACGAGGUGUUGGCGGAAGGUGGAUUUGCUAUUGUGUUUCUGGUGAGGACAAGCAAUGGAGUGAAGUGUGCCUUGAAACGCAUGUUUGUCAACAAUGAGCAUGACCUCCAGGUGUGCAAGAGAGAAAUCCAGAUAAUGAGGGACCUGUCUGGGCACAAGAACAUUGUGGGUUACAUUGACUCUAGUAUCAACAAUGUGAGUAGUGGCGACGUAUGGGAAGUUCUCAUUCUGAUGGACUUCUGUAGAGGAGGCCAGGUGGUGAACCUGAUGAAUCAGCGCCUGCAAACAGGUUUUACAGAGAAUGAAGUGCUGCAGAUAUUUUGUGAUACCUGUGAAGCUGUCGCCCGCCUGCAUCAGUGCAAAACUCCUAUUAUCCACCGUGACCUGAAGGUUGAAAAUAUCCUCUUGCAUGACCGAGGCCACUACGUUCUGUGUGACUUUGGAAGCGCCACCAACAAAUUCCAGAAUCCACAAACUGAGGGCGUCAAUGCAGUAGAAGAUGAGAUUAAGAAAUACACCACGCUGUCCUACCGAGCACCAGAAAUGGUUAACCUGUACAGUGGCAAAAUCAUCACUACAAAAGCAGACAUUUGGGCUCUUGGAUGUUUGUUGUAUAAAUUAUGCUACUUCACUUUGCCGUUUGGGGAGAGUCAGGUGGCAAUUUGUGAUGGAAACUUCACAAUUCCUGAUAACUCUCGAUAUUCCCAAGACAUGCACUGCCUAAUUAGGUAUAUGUUGGAACCAGACCCUGACAAAAGGCCGGAUAUUUACCAGGUCUCCUACUUCUCAUUUAAACUAGUCAAGAAAGAAUGCCCAAUUCCAAAUGUACAGAACUCUCCCAUUCCUGCAAAGCUUCCUGAACCAGUGAAAGCCAGUGAAGCAGCUGCAAAAAAGACCCAGCCAAAGGCCAGGUUAACAGAUCCCAUUCCCACCACAGAAACUUCAAUUGCACCCCGCCAGAGGCCUAAAGCUGGGCAGACUCAGCCAAACCCAGGAAUCCUUCCCAUCCAGCCAGCCCUGACACCUCGAAAGAGGGCCAUGGUUCAGCCCCCACCCCAGGCUGCAGGACCCAGCGGUCAGCCUGUCCUUUUAGCCAGUGUUCCCCAACCAAAAACCCAGCCUCAACCCAGCCAACCUCUACCACAAUCUCAGCCCAAGCAGCCACAGGCUCCACCUACCCCUCAGCAGACGCCUUCUACUCAGGCUCAGGGUCUGCCCACUCAGGCCCAGGCCACUCCGCAGCACCAGCAGCAACUCUUCCUCAAGCAGCAGCAACAGCAGCCACAGCAGCAGCAGCAGCCACCACAGCAACCUGCGGGCUCGUUUUACCAGCAGCAGCAGCAGCAGCAGCCACAGCAGGCCCAGGCUCAGCAGUUUCAGGCAGUACAUCCAGCAUCCCAGCAACCAGCGAUUGCUCAGUUCCCUGUGGUGGCCCAAGGAGGCUCUCAGCAGCAGCUGAUACAGAACUUCUACCAGCAGCAACAGCAGCAGCAACAGCAGCAGCUUGCCACAGCCCUGCAUCAACAACAGCUGAUGACUCAGCAGGCUGCCCUGCAGCAAAAGACCGCUGUGACAGCAGUACAGCAGCCCCAGGCACAGCCAGUGGCCCCACAGCCAGUCCCCGCCCAGGAGCCAGCGCAGAUUCAAGCCCCAAUAAGACAACAGCCAAAGGUUCAGACAACCCCACCUCCUGCCAUCCAGGGGCAGAAAAUCGGAUCUCUCACUCCUCCAUCAUCCCCCAAGACCCAACGUGCUGGGCACAGGCGGAUUCUCAGUGACGUAACCCACAGUGCAGUCUUUGGGGUCCCUGCCAGCAAAUCAACUCAGCUGCUCCAGGCAGCUGCAGCUGAGGCCAGUCUCAAUAAGUCCAAGUCUGCAACCACCACUCCAUCAGGCUCCCCUCGGACCUCCCAGCAGAAUGUUUAUAAUCCUUCAGAAGGUUCUACGUGGAAUCCUUUCGAUGAUGACAAUUUCUCCAAACUCACAGCUGAAGAACUGCUAAACAAGGACUUUGCCAAGCUGGGGGAAGGCAAACAUCCUGAGAAGCUUGGGGGCUCAGCUGAGAGUUUGAUCCCAGGCUUUCAAUCAACUCAAGGCGAUGCUUUUGUGACUUCCUCAUUUUCUGCUGGAACUGCUGAAAAAAGGAAGGGUGGGCAGACUGUGGAUUCUAGCCUGCCACUUCUGAGUGUGUCUGAUCCUUUCAUUUCUCUUCAAGUACCUGAUGCACCAGAAAAACUUAUUGAGGGACUCAAAUCUCCUGACACUUCUCUUCUGCUCUCUGACCUUUUGCCUCUGACAGAUCCUUUUGGUAGCACUGCUGAUGCUGUAAUUGAAAAAGCUGAUGCUGCUGUUGAGAGUCUCAUACCAGGACUGGAGCCCCCAGUGCCCCAGCGCCUCCCAUCUCAGACGGAAUCCGUUACCUCGAAUCGCACAGAUUCUCUCACCGGGGAAGAUUCCCUGCUUGAUUCCUCUCUGCUUUCUAACCCUACUACUGAUCUUCUGGAAGAGUUUGCCCCUAUAGUGAUCUCUGCUCCAGCCCAUAAAGCUGCAGAAGAUAGUAAUCUCAUCUCAGGUUUUGAUGUCCCUGAGGGCUCGGACAAGGUGGCAGAAGAUGAGUUUGAUCCCAUUCCUGUAUUGAUAACCAAAAAUCCACAAGGUGGGCACUCUAGAAACAGCAGUGGGAGCUCUGAGUCCAGUCUUCCCAACCUAGCCAGGUCUUUACUGCUGGUGGAUCAGCUCAUAGACCUGUAGCCGUGACCCAGUAGCAGAUGCAAUUGUGUAACCUUAAUACCGUAAUAUACAUUCUCAUUACGGAGUUAUAAGAAAAAUGAAUUUUUUUUUGUUAAAUCUGCAAAUAAGGGGCCUCUAGCCCUUAUCUCCUACCCCUUGCCUUCUCCUAUAGAAAUGAUAAGGAAAGAAAAUCACUUUGGCCCUCCAGAUAUUCCUUGGCCAGUUUCUCCCUGUUAGUUUUGCCGUGUUUUCUCAUUACCCUUCUUCAAUAGCAUUAUCUUAAAUCAAGCGCUAGAUGCCAUGAGCUUCACCUCUGCUGGAAUCGACUCCACCAAAAGCUUAACUGUAUCUGAAACUAGUGAAUUGACACCUUUGUUUCAUUCUUGCUAGGAAUGACCUCCCAACCCCUCUCUCCUUUGGCCAGAUGCUGGCAAAUGUAUUUACCUGUUUUUGCUUUAUAUCCUGAUGCAUUAUCAUGAGGACAUUACUUCUUCAGUUGGUCUUAACUUUAGGCAAUAGCCUGGAGAUGAGUGUGUGGUUUAAGAGAGGGUAGAACUGACUGACUGGUAGCAGUAUAUGUUUGAGAAGAGAAAUUGAGUCCAGCUCUAGCCAGCCAACUUUGACCUUUGAUCAUAGACUUAGCCAAGGGAUUUUACACCCCAUGCAACCUGCCCAGCAUUCAUCCAGCUUUCUGGCUUCCAUUGAACCGUGAUUUCUCAGAUCUGGAGAUGUGACUGCAAGUACUUGAGAUCCUUGGAGAAAAUGUGUACAUGAUAUAAAUCCCAAGUAUUGCCAUUCCUUUUCAUGUUAACUGUCCCAAGCUGGGAUCUCAGAAUUAGACUAAAACAAGACAAUGGUGGUAAUAUGAUUCCUUUUAUUAGAAGACUUUUCACUGGGGGGUAAAUAGGGGAGGGGAAGGAAUUGUAGCAGAAACAGAUGUAUUUUUCUUGUGAUUUUUAUUUUGAAUCAAAUAUUGUAAAUUGUGUAUAAAUGAAGACGCUGAAUAGUUCUGUUUCCACUUGGUGUUUCAAGUCCGAUAUCAGGUGUCUGUACAGGGUUUUGCUCUCUCUCCCAUGUAUAACUGGACAGCGAUCCUACAGUGUAACAUAUGGAAUCAUUUUGAAUAGACUCGUGUGUUGCUAUAAGCUUUCAGCAGGUCCUCUGUCUUUGUAGAAUAAGCAUGUUGUUUAUUUUCAGAUAAUCAGAAGUAAGUGUGCUGACAAGCUUGGCACAAUUUGACUGUAGCUAUUUACCUUUCUUUUAUCUCUCUGAUGUUUAAAUUGAAGGCUGCAGCCACUAACAUGUUUAGUUGGUUUUCCUUGACUUCUUAGAUAGAAGACAAAACAAAAGAAAGCGUAGUUCCUCACUAACCUUAGAAUAUUCUUCAUAAAAUAAAUAAAGGACCCUGCACUGACAUGACAACAUGCCUCAUGGUCACCCUCUGUAUCUGUACAUAUUCAUUGAAGUGGUUUGUUUUUGUUUUUGUUUUUUUUCCCUUACGUGAAAAAGCAAUUUUAUAAAAUCACACUUUUGAAAAGAGGUGGGCACAGAGGACCCCACUGUUGUUGUCUUCCUCAAGUGCCAUUUGCCGUGAUCAAAAGGGAAACUCUUAGUUGAUCAGAUUUGUACAAAUAAAAUUCCAAGUCCAUUUGCUGGUUUCUCUAUCUAGUACUUUUGUUUCUUCUUCCUCAUGUUUGCACUUUAGGGGGGCGGGGGGAGAGAAGGUUUAACGGCAACCAUAAAAGCCUGCAACACUGCACUUUGGAGGACAAGCUCUGACGCCAGCAAUGCGAGAGCAACCAUUGAAAGACAUCUGAGGAAAGGUCUGAGCCUUUCGGUCUUCUGACUUUAGAUACUUCCUCUGCGGGCUGAAAUUAGAUAAGCUAAGUGAAGUCCUCUCCUAAGGUAACAGAUCGUUUCCAAAAUUUAGAGAGGCACAACCUACAUGCUGAGGAUUAAAAACAAAAAGAUAUUUUUGAAGCGCUUUCUCUAAGUGGAUAGCAGUGAAAGUGGGACUGGGCUCACCCAUUUAUGAACAAGAAAAACUGCUGCAGAUCAGAAUUGUAUUCUCUUUCCUGGACAUAGAAAGAGUGUAUAAACUAAUGAAGGAAAUGUUUAUUUUUAAAUAAGAAUAAUGUUUUACGAUUUGGUUUUUUUCAUACAUACAUACAUGUUAGAAAUAUAAUGAAAUAUCUAGUUUCUCAGUUUAAUUGAAACCAUGAAGAGUAUAGUUUAGAAAUUAGGUGUCUCUAAAUUGUUCCUUUCGUGCAUUACCCAUAAUUACAUUGACAUAUAUUAUCUAGUCGUCUAGCUCAAUAAAGCUUAAUGGGGACUGCUAAUGAAAAUGAACAGAAAAGAAGCCAGAGACUAGAUGGUGGAAGCCUGAGGGAGAUAAUGUCAUGAAGUUAUCUUGGCUUGUUCUUGAGGAAUAGAGCCUUAAAGGGGAGAACUGUUUUUCUCUUGAGGAAUACCUGUGAAUGACUCAGUAAUGGGGCCUUCCUUAGUUUACAGCAUCACCUUGAGCUAAGAGGGUUUAUUUGAGCUGAGUAUAGUGUGCUGGUAAUUGGUAGACCUAUGGGACCACAGACUGAGCUGCAAGAGGAACCUUAGAGACCAUCCUCUAGUCCAUCCACUUUGCUCUACAGAUGUGGGACCUGAGCUGGAUGGAGGCAGGGUGGUGGGAAAAGAGGCCUGGGCUGGACAGGCCUCCUGGGACCUCAUCCUGACCCUUGCCAGUCACCGGCUGAGUGACCUUCAGCAAGCACUUCACCUUUUAGAGCUGCUGUUUUUGUUCAUACAGCGAUGGAUAUGAACUAGCUGGUCUUUAAGAUUAUAGAAUUAUAGGAUCCUAAGUAAAUACUGUUAUUCUUUAGAAGGACUAUGAAGGAUUUAUAUAAUCCUGAUGUUCUUCAGUUACCUUAUAGUUCUUGCUAUUACUGUAGCAAUAUUUACAUUUUAGAGAAUUAUAGUAGGAUUUUAAUAACCUGGGUUGCUCUUUCUUGGUUAUCUGAAUAGAAGCCUAAAUUAUCACAGAGUUUUGAACACAGAUUUUCCUUUUUUAAUAUCUGUCUUUCACACACACGUACCCUUACAUAUUCCAACAAAACCAUGUCAGAUUUCAUUUCUUUUUAAAUGUGUAUCAGGGAUCUGCCAUUAAAAAAUGGGCAAAUACUAUAUGUUUCUGAUUUGCUUUUAUUCCAACUGUAUAAAAGUAGUAAUUAAACCAGAAAACAUCACAAAUUGGUAUUUUUCCCUUUACAGCAUUCAAAUAACUAAAUAAUCAAAUUCAAGUCCCAAUGUUUUUAAAAACACAAGCCUCAGAGGAGAUAAAGUUUAAUUGGUCUCUUUUAAAAAAAUGUGAUUAUUAUAAUCUGAUGAUUUCUUUAGCAGACAUAUCAGGAUCUUGACAUCCGGUUGAGUGUUAUUCCCUUCAAGGGCACCUGGUUUCACGUGAGAAGCUCAUACUUUUUUUAAUGAUGCUGCUAUCAUUUAAGUUAUUUUGAAACUCCUCUCCUGAGAAAUAACAUCAAGGAAGGUAAUAAGGUAUAAUAAAAUCGGUUGUAUUACUUGCUCAAUAAUACCACUUUCAGCAUCUGAAAGUAUAUUCCAUUUCUUGAUAUUUUUCCACCAUUCUUGUUCUGAGUAACAUUUGACUGUUU